AUGCCAUCACAUACACAAGUUAAUUUUUCCAUCAAAAAUUCAAUAAUCGGAGGUUAGUUAAUCAAAAAAUCAGGUGUUUUCCAUUGAAUGCAGGUGGUUUUCUAGUUUUAAUCUCAAAAAUUGCAAGUUUUGAAGAUUCAAACAAUAAUCCUUUGCAAUUAUAGUUUUUAUUUGUCAUCAUUUCUUGAAUACAAAAAAGACAUAAACCCUCAUUUUGUACAGUAAUUCGCAAGAAAAUGUCACGUUUUGAUUUUGAUUUUUCAGUGAAAAAAACCAUGAUCACAAAAGUGUUCGCAUCCCGAAAUAAAUGGAAACUUUGCGAUCGAACACUUUUUCCUAUUUAUUAUCUGCUUCUUUUGCUUGGCUUGAAUCAAUCUAUUCGUCCUAAUUAUUCUUUGGCUUAUCGUUUCUACAGCUGGUUUGUAUUUCUUCUUCUGGUGAGUUGGAACAAGUUGUGUUUUGAUCAAGUUUUGAAUUUUUGAUGAAAACUUUGAACGUCUCCCACCUAUAUUUUUGAAACACUAUUUUAUUCACUCCAAUGAUCAAACAAGGAAACCUUAUCUGUAAUAUCUUUGAAAUAACAUUUGAUAGCUUCUGACAAGUGAUCAGAUGAAAGCAGAUUCUCACUAAUUCUCUGAUGAAUCUUGGAGCCCAGUUUUUAGCUCUAAAAAUAUGAAUUCUGCGAAAAGUUUUUGACAAACUUCCAGCUUUUCACAACCAUUCGCAAAUUCAAUCAAAUCGGUGUAAAAAGCAAUGGUGAUCGUGAAACUUUGGAACAGUUUUUCGCAAAUCCUUUGAGUUUGAUCACUUUGUGCAAUGCCUUGAUGAUGAUGAGGUAAGCAUUUUUUUUCAAUUCAGUAGAUUAGUCUAAUAUUAAAAUAUUAUUCAGCGGUUUUUUGGCUUCUUCGUUGCUUUAUACACUCGGCGGAAAAAAGUUGAAUCCCUUGAAAGUACGUUAGAACUCUCUUUUUCACAAAAAAAAUAAAAAUUGUUUUUUCCUGAAUUAUAGGUUCUCUGCGAAUUGUCAAUUUCACAUCGGACCGCUGAAGCCGAAAAACGACAAUUUAUUUUCAACACAUUUUUGGCGGUUUUCAGUGCUGGAUUGGCGUUUCUCAUGGCCCUUACUUAUGCUUGUAAGUAUAUAUAAGUGUUUUUUUGCAAAAAAAAAACAAUAACAAAUUUGAUAUUCUUUAGUGGCAAAGUAUGGAUACAUAAUGAAAAGCAUGGGAACUCCAAAUUUGUCAACAGAAACAAUUUAUUGUGUUAUGAUUGAUGCAUAUGCGGUAAGAGAAGAAAUACAAAAAAAAACAUAACAAUUUAAAAUUCUGAAUUUAUUCCAGUUAUUCAUCUCAAGAGCUGCAAUUUCGGCAUUGGCAAUUUUGUUCUACCAACAUUGUUCGGUGAUUCGGAGAAGCAUCAAACACCUAAUAAAAGAAAUGGUACCGGAGGAUCAGGAUGAGUAAAUAAUUUUUUUCAUUUUUUUCAUAGACAAAUCCACUUUAUCAAAUUGUCAGAUGCCCAUUGCCAGAAUCAUCAUUGAAGAAAAUUCACGACGUUCAGAUAAUUUACCAAAAAAAUCUUUAA